GUCGCUCUCGCUUGCUUUCCAGUGCCCGAAUUUCCCCCCCUCAGCCGGGACCAAUCAGAGCCGCCGCUCGGGGAGGCAAAGCCAACGGAUGAGGCCCGCACGGUCGGGCAUUAUGAAAGACCUCGUCGCCAGCCCUUCCGGUUUAUCAUCCCCCAACCCCUCAGCUCCUGAGGUCAGGCCAGAGGGUAACAGCUCCUCCAAAAAGAGAAAGUUGAACAGCAGCAGUGAAAAGGAAGACUUUGAUCCCCACCCAUCACCCAAGCACUCAAACACGUCCUCCAACCACAUCCAGAAGAAGCUCCGGUUUGAGGACACCCUGGACUUUAUUGGACUCGAUGUGAAGAUGGCUGAGGAGUCUCCCUCCUCAUCUUCCUGCUCUUCCACUACACCCCAGACAUUGAGAAGUAAAAACCUGCUUCUGUCUCCGGUGUCAGCUGGGCACCAUGCCAAUGGGCUCACCAAAGCCUCCCCUGUUUCUAGUUUUGCCAACAGCAAGCCAGGGUCUGCCAAGAAGUUAGUAAUCAAGAACUUUAAAGAUAAACCCAAAUUGCCUGAAAAUUACACAGAUGAAACGUGGCAAAAAUUGAAAGGAGCAGUGGAAGCCAUUCAAAAUAGCACUUCAAUAAAAUACAACCUAGAAGAACUAUACCAGGCUGUUGAAAACCUCUGCUCUUACAAGAUCUCUGCAAACCUCUACAAACAACUAAGACAGAUAUGCGAAGACCACAUCAAAGCACAAAUCCAUCAGUUCAGAGAAGAUUCAUUGGAUAGUGUUCUUUUCCUAAAGAAAAUUGACAAAUGCUGGCAGGAUCACUGCAGGCAAAUGAUUAUGAUUAGAAGUAUAUUUUUAUUUUUGGAUCGAACGUACGUCUUGCAAAAUUCAAUGCUGCCAUCAAUUUGGGAUAUGGGUCUAGAACUGUUCAGAAACCAUAUAAUCAGCGAUCAAAAAGUUCAAACCAAGACCAUUGAUGGAAUUCUUCUAUUGAUUGAGAGGGAAAGAAACGGAGAAGCCAUUGAUAGAAGUUUGUUACGAAGUCUCCUUAGUAUGCUAUCUGAUUUGCAAAUUUAUCAGGAUUCAUUUGAGCACAGGUUCCUAGAAGAGACAAAUCGCCUGUAUGCAGCUGAAGGCCAGAGACUAAUGCAAGAAAGAGAGGUCCCAGAAUAUCUUCAUCAUGUGAACAAGCGUUUAGAAGAGGAAGCAGAUAGAGUCAUCACAUAUUUAGAUCAAAGCACACAGAAGCCAUUAAUUGCUACAGUAGAAAAGCAGCUACUGGGUGAACAUUUAACUGCAACUCUUCAAAAAGGGUUAAAUCACCUUCUUGACGAAAAUCGAAUUCAGGACCUCUCAUUGUUAUACCAGUUGUUCAGUCGAGUCCGCGGGGGUGUGCAAGUUCUUCUGCAGCACUGGAUUGAAUACAUAAAGGCUUUUGGCAGCACUAUUGUGAUUAAUCCUGAAAAAGACAAAACAAUGGUUCAAGAGCUGCUAGAUUUUAAAGACAAAGUUGACCAUGUGAUUGAUGUCUGCUUUAUAAAGAAUGAGAAGUUUGUUAAUGCCAUGAAAGAAGCAUUUGAAACCUUCAUCAAUAAAAGACCAAACAAACCAGCUGAACUCAUAGCAAAAUAUGUGGAUUCAAAACUUCGGACGGGAAACAAAGAAGCAACAGAUGAAGAGCUUGAGAAGAUGCUGGAUAAAAUUAUGAUAAUCUUUAGGUUCAUUUAUGGCAAAGAUGUAUUUGAGGCGUUCUACAAAAAAGACUUGGCAAAGCGACUGUUGGUUGGAAAAAGUGCUUCCGUCGAUGCUGAAAAAUCUAUGCUUUCCAAACUCAAGCAUGAAUGUGGGGCUGCCUUUACCAGCAAGCUCGAGGGAAUGUUUAAAGACAUGGAACUAUCAAAGGACAUUAUGGUUCACUUUAAACAGUAUAUGCAAAACCAGAAUGUCCCUGGCAACAUGGAGCUGACUGUAAAUAUUCUUACGAUGGGUUACUGGCCAACGUAUGUGCCUAUGGAAGUUCACCUACCAGCUGAAAUGGUGAAAUUCCAGGAAAUAUUUAAGACUUUUUAUCUGGGGAAGCACAGUGGAAGAAAGCUACAGUGGCAAUCAACACUAGGACAAUGUGUUCUAAAAGCAGAGUUUAACGAGGGCAGAAAAGAACUCCAAGUUUCACUCUUUCAAACUCUUGUGCUGCUUAUGUUUAACGAGGGAGAAGAAUUCAGUUUUGAAGAGAUUAGACAAGCAACUGGCAUUGAGGACAGUGAAUUAAGAAGAACACUUCAGUCCUUGGCAUGUGGAAGAGCUAGAGUUCUUGUCAAGUACCCUAAAAGUAAAGAUGUAGAUGAUGGAGACAAAUUCACAUUUAAUGAUGAUUUCAGACAUCAGCUUUUCAGAAUAAGAAUUAAUCAAAUUCAGAUGAAGGAAACGGUGGAGGAGCAAGCAAGCACUACAGAGAGAGUAUUUCAAGAUAGGCAGUACCAAAUUGAUGCUGCAAUUGUUCGAAUAAUGAAGAUGAGGAAGACCCUUACUCACAAUCUCCUGGUUUCGGAGGUGUACAACCAGCUUAAGUUCCCAGUGAAGCCUGCGGAUUUGAAGAAAAGAAUAGAAUCCUUAAUAGACAGGGACUACAUGGAAAGAGACAAAGAAAAUCCAAAUCAGUACAAUUAUGUGGCAUAGAAAUAUCAGCUUUUUUUUUUUUCGUUUUAUCUUAUUUUAUGGGCUCCAGCUCACUGGGUUACUAGUGGAUAAUAAAAUAGCCUUCUGGUCCCAUUAA